UAAGUUAUGCAACUUAGAGAGUUCAUUAUCUUCAUUAUAAUCAUCUCUCAUUACAAACUAGAAUCCUUGGCUUAGUUAUUAUUUGUGCUUGUUAAUAUACAACCACUAAGUAUGAAGAGUUCAAAAGGCAUAAAAAGUGUCAUUUUGCUACUAACUUUGUUGGUGUUCAACAUUGUGGAUGUGAAAUGCCAGCUAACUGCUAAUUUUUAUGAAAAAACAUGCCCUAAUCUCUUUCAGAUUGUAAGAAAACAGGUUCAAAUUGCUAUUAUGAAUGAAAUGAGGAUGGGAGCUUCUUUGCUUCGACUUCACUUCCAUGAUUGCUUUGUCAAUGGUUGUGAUGGGUCUGUUCUUCUGGAUGGAAGCGACAGUGAAAAGCUCGCUCUUCCUAACCAGAAUUCUCUAAGAGGGUUUGACGUUGUGGACAAGAUCAAAAGUGCAGUGGAGAGUUCAUGCAGUGGAGUUGUGUCCUGUGCUGAUAUACUAGCAAUAGCUGCCCGCGAUUCAAUAGCAUUGAGUGGAGGGCAUUCAUAUAGAGUAUUGCUAGGAAGGAGAGAUGGAAUGGUGGCCAACCAGACCGGAGCAAACUCAAACCUUCCAUCUCCGUUUGAUCCCCUAGACAGCGUCAUUUCUAAGUUUGGUGAUCAAGGCCUCAACUUAACUGACGUUGUGGCCUUACAAGGUGCUCAUACAAUAGGAUUGGCAAGAUGUGCUACUUUUAGUUCAAGGUUGUUCAAUUUUUCUAAUACCGGAGCUCCAGACAGCACCAUGGACACUAGCCUAGUAUCACAGCUGCAGAGCUUGUGCCCAGUCAAUGGUGAUGGGAACAAGACAACUUCUCUUGACCAGAACUCAACAGACUUAUUUGACAACCAUUACUUCAAAAAUUUGCUAAACAAUAAGGGCAUUCUCCUAUCAGACCAAGAGUUGUAUUCCAGCAAUCUGGCUAAUUCAACGACAAAGAGCAUCGUCGAGAGAUACAGCAAUGAUCAGAACCUCUUUUUUAGUGACUUCAUCAACUCCAUGAUUAAUAUGGGAAACAUAAAUCCACUAACAGGGUCAAGUGGCCAGAUUCGAACCAAUUGCAGGGCCAUCAACUCAUAAUUUUGCUCAAAUGAGUAAAAUUUGUGUUAUGAACCUGAAUUCUAGUUGGCAGCCUAAGAUACCGAUAUCAGAUUUAACAAUCCUAUGGUGUUAUAGACUUAAAUAGUAGUAUAUGUAGAUGAAGUCUGUAUUUUGCAUAGUGCAGCAUUGAAAGUUUGUAAUUUAGAUGAAGCAAUAGCAAUAAAUAAAUGGUUUGAUGAACA